AUGUGUGAUGUCAUCCGCCAUGGGACGGUCUCCCCACCUCAGCCCGGAGACCCACCUCCCAAGAGAUGCCGCAUUGUCCAGCUGACAAUUCCCAGCAUCCAGCACCCACCAUUCUGUUCUGUUUACUCCACUGGCUUCAAGGUUGGCAUUAAUUACCAGCCUCCCACUGUGGUACCUGGUGGAGACCUGGCCAAGGUUCAGAGAGCUGUGUGCAUGCUGAGCAACACCACCACCAUCGCUGAGGCCUGGGCUUGCCUAGAUCACAAGUCUGAGCUGAUGCAUGUCAAGUGUGCCUUUGUGCAAUGGUAUGUGGGUGAGGGCAUGGAGGAUGGGGAGUUUUCUGAGGUCCAUGAAGACAUGGGUGCCCUAGAGAAGGAUUAUGAGGAGGUUGGUGUGGAUUCUGUUUAA